UCAGGCUGGCAGAGGCACAUUGAUUGCACACUAAGCCACUGUCUGAACCAUCAUGAUCUCAGAAUGGGUCUCGUUUAUGAUGUUUUACCUGCUCGCUGCUGUUUUCAGUGCAUUUCUUGCAUAUUGUCUGUAUGUAAGACAUGUUCAUCAGAAAUAUGAUCAUAUACCUGGACCUCCUAGAGAUAAUUUUCUGCUGGGGCAUAUACCGACUUUCAGAAGAGCGAUGAAAUCGGAAAGUAUUAUACACGAACAUUUUCUUCAAUGGGCAGAAAAAUAUGGCCCUGUCUACAGGAUGAACAAUUUUCAUUAUGUCAUGAUCAUGGUUUAUUGUCCUGAGGCUACAAAGACAGUCCUGAUGUCACCUAAGUAUCUCAAAGAUCCCUUUGUCUACAAACGCCUCUUUAACUUGUUUGGAAAAAGGUUCCUGGGGAAUGGGCUGAUUACGGCUGCGGACCAUGACGUCUGGUACAGGCAGCGUCGCAUCAUGGAUUCUGCCUUUAGCAGCUCAUACUUACGAGGCUUGAUGGGCACUUUUAACGAGAUGUCGGAGCGCCUAAUGGACAAGCUGGAGGAAAUAGCAGAGACGAAAUCACCUGCCGUCAUGCACGACCUGGUCAACUGUGUCACACUCGAUGUCAUAUGCAAGGUGGCUUUCGGUGUCGAUUUGAAUUUCUUGAAGCAAACUGACAGCCCCUUCCAGAAUGCAGUAGAGCUGUGUUUAAAAGGCAUGGUGUUGGAUCUCAGAGACCCAUUAUUUAAACUUUUUCCCAAGAAUUGGAAGAUUAUACAGCAAGUUAAAGAUGCAGCUGAACUCCUGCGUAAAACAGGAGAAAAAUGGAUACAAAACAGGAAGACAGCAAUUGAAAAUGGAGACGAUAUACCGCAAGACAUUCUCACACAAAUCCUCAGAACGGCAGAGGAGGAAAAAGUUACAAACGCUAAAGAUCAUGAGCUGAUGUUGGACAAUUUCGUGACUUUCUUCAUUGCUGGGCAAGAGACAACAGCAAAUCAGCUCUCGUUUGCAAUCAUGGAAUUAGGGAGACAUCCUGAGAUAUAUAAACGGGCUAAAGCAGAAGUGGAUGAAGUUCUUGGGACAAAGAGAGACAUUUCACAUGAAGACCUUGGGAAAUUCACUUACUUGUCUCAGGUCUUGAAGGAAACACUGCGACUGUACCCCACUGCUCCAGGAACCAAUCGCUGGUUGCAUGAGGACAUGGUUAUGAAUGGGCUGAAAGUCCCAGGCGGCUGCUCUAUUGUUUUAAGUUCUUAUGUCUCUCAAAGACUGGACAAGUUUUUCAAAGAUCCGUUGAAGUUUGAUCCUGAGAGAUUUGAUGUGAAUGCCCCCAAGCCUUAUUACUGCUACUACCCUUUUGCACUUGGUCCACGAACUUGUCUAGGGCAGGUCUUCUCACAGAUGGAGGCUAAAGUUGUGCUUGCCAAACUGCUUCAGAGAUUCGAGUUCAGCCUGGUUCCCGGACAGUCUUUCAGCAUUAAAGACACUGGAACUCUGCGCCCCAUGAGUGGAGUGAUCUGCAACAUCAAACCAUGCUAGGACAUGUUUAUGGCACUUGUUUUGUGUCAACUCUUGUGGACUUGUGUGUACUAACUUGUGUGUUAAUAUUUUUCAAAUAAAGCACAGAAGUUGUAACAGGCUA